AUGAACAUUACUAAAACAACUACUAGUAUUAUCUUACGCCUGGUUGAAUUUGUUUUUGCUGUUAUUGUAUUGGGUCUCACCGCUGGUGUCUUAGCAGGCUACAACACCAAUAUUUCCCGUGUGACAUUCAAUUUAGUUGUUGCCAUAUUCAAUAUUAUUUGGUUGGCUUAUAUUGCUUUUAUUGCGCCAAGAGUUUUGAGGGCUCAAACACCAACAGCGGUGGUUCUUGCAUGUCAAGGUAUAUUUUGGGUGUUUUACCUUGCUGGCUGGGCAGCAAUUGCUGAUGUUUUCCCAGAUGAUUGCAACUGGUGGUACUACAUGCGUGACUCCGAGGAUACGUGCCGUGCGUACCAGGCAAUUCUUCCCUUUUCUUUAUUAAAUUGGGUUUGGUUUAGUAUCGAAUUGGGGUUGUUUAUUGGCUACAGUUUAGUUCCUGAAAUUAGACACCUUGGAUGGAACCAUUUAUUGCAAAAUACCACCUAUUACUGGGGAACUAUCUUUAAUGCAGAAACAACAACUUCAAAGGGUUUAGGUGGCUUGAACUUUACAGGCACUGGCGCUGGCGAGGCUGCUUCGAAAACUACUCCUGCCCAUCUUGAUGAAGAAGCAGUAGUUGGUGAUGGUGUAACCGAUGAAAACAUAAACAAUGCUCAUAUCGAUGAGGAGUCCAAAGUUGUCACCGAGGGUUCAGAUCACUCUCCUCAACCAGGAUUAGAUAAUGAUCCAAGACUUAAUAAUGCAACUAACUAA